AUGCCUACGCAGGGACUCAACUUCAGCCCCAGCCUACCGGUGAUGAUGCUACUCCCUGUGGCGGGUGCUGCCAAGCUCUUUCACUGGAACGCGACAAUAGUUCUGGUAGUCAAUAUCGUGGCAAUCGUCUUCUUGUCCGAGUCAAUCUCAGUCUCCAGUGACGAGCUCGCUGAGCAUCUGGGGGAGCUGCAGGGUGCAUUGCUCAGCGCUACUUUCGGAAACACAGUCGAGCUAACAGCGGGCAUUCUUGCGUUGGUGCAUGGCGAGAUCGGAUUCGCGCAGUCUGUCAUGGUUGGUAGUAUUCUUUCAGAUAUCCUACUUGUCUUCGGCUGUUGUUUGAUCACUGCAUCCUACAACAAGAACGUGCUACUUUUCAACAGCGCGCUGGCAAAGACACUGUCAUCACUGAUGAUGAUCACAGCCGUGGCACUCCUCCUACCAACAGCUUUGUACUCAACCUUUCCGGUGUCCGAGAUUGACGACAGAGUGCUUUCUUUCUCGCGAGGAACCGCAGUGGUGUUGCUGGCUCUAUACGCAGGCUACCUUUACUUCUACCUCGGCACUCACAAGCAUCUUUUCAUCUCGAAUGAUAGCGAAGCCAGCGACGAUGAAGAUGAGUCAAAGCCCGGACUAAAUCAUACGCCAAGUAUGGCUUCGUCUAUCAUUCGGCUUACGACGGCCGUUGCGGCUACUAUCUUUUGCACGGAACUCCUCAUCGAAAGUACCGGAGACAUGGCACAGGCACUCGGUGUGUCGGAAGUAUUCAUUGCGAUCGUCUUUAUCCCACUUGCAAGUAACAGUACCGAAGGCGUGACUGUGGUUGCAUCGUCUAAAUCCGGGGACACCGACUCUGCGAUUCGGGUGAUUAUCGAUAGUCUCUUGCAGAUUGGCCUCUUUGCGAUCCCGUUCUUGGUGAUUGUUGGAUGGUGCAUUGGAGAGCCAAUGACUUUGUUCUUUGAUUCGCUACAGACUGUCUCGAUGUUUCUGGCUGUUCUGGUGGUCAACCAUCUCCUCAGGGACGGUCAAUAUGCCUACAUUCACGGUGCGAUGCUUCUAGCUUUGUAA